AGGCCAUAUAAACUUGUCAAUUUGCCAUAUAAGUCGACAAUAAUUAAGACUAAGGCUUAAAUAUAGAUUACUAGUUUAACAAGGUAUUGAUAGAUGUGGAUACACAAUAUAUAAAUGGCAAAAGCAUGUGUGCUCCCUCAACAAAAAUGUUGUUCCUCAGAAUUUUGUUUGCAUUUAUACUAAUUGUGCACGUAAAGGGUGCGGCUACAGAUUCUCAAGACUGUAAAAUACCAGCCAUAUACAACUUUGGAGAUUCAAACUCCGACACCGGUGGUAUAUCAGCCGCCUUUUAUCCUGCAGGUCCUCCCACGGGGGAGACAUACUUUGGCAUACCCACGGGUAGAGGCAGCGAUGGCCGGCUUAUCAUAGACUUCAUUGCUGAGACGCUGGGGCUACCUUAUUUGAGUGCUUACCUAAAUUCUAUCAAGGCAAAUUUCGAGCAUGGUGCAAAUUUUGCAACAGGAGGCGCAACUAUAAGGCGUGUGAACGAGUCGUGGUUUCUGAAUGGAGUAAGCCCCUUUUCACUUGAUGUCCAGGUGGAGCAGUUUCAUCAGUUUAAGAGAAGAACAACAUAUUUCUACAAUCAAGCUAAGAACAAAUCAGACAGAAGCAACCUCCCUAGUCCAGAUGACUUCUCCAAGGCUCUCUACACUAUUGAUAUAGGACAAAAUGAUCUCGGGGUUUGCUUCAGAUCUUUAACCAAUCAGCAAUGUGUAGCCACCUUCCCCGACAUAAUGAAGGACUUUGCUACUGCAGUUCAGCAACUGUAUGAUUACGGGGCAAGAGCAUUCUGGAUUCACAACACAGGCCCUUUCGGUUGUAUGCCUAUUGCAACCACAAAUCACCCAAAUCCAAAGCCAGGGUUUUUUGAUGAACUUGGUUGUCGAAAGGAUCAGAGUGAUGUUGCCAUUGAAUUCAAUAAGCAACUUAAAGACAGAAUAAUUCAACUAAGAACUCAGCUUCCGCAUGCUGCAUUGACAUAUGUUGACAUGUAUGCCGCCAAGCAUCGGUUAAUUAGUGAUGCAAAAAAUCAAGGAUUUGUGGAUGCAUUAAGCUAUUGUUGUGGAUAUCACAAAAAUGGUGUUGACAUCUGGUGUGGUAACAAAGCAAUCAUAAAUGGCACAGAAAUAAAAGCUGAUUCAUGUAAAAACCCUUCGAAAGUCAUUAGCUGGGAUGCAGUUCACUACACUGAGGCUGCAAAUCAUUGGAUUGCUAAUCACAUUAUAAACGGAUCCUUUUCGGAUCCUCCAGUUGCAAUUAGCCAAGCAUGUACCAAAAGUAUUACCAUGUGAUACACUGAUACUAUCCUGUAUAAAUUAUAGCCAUGCGCACUUAUUUUAUUGUAUAAACACAUCUGGUUGGUCCGUGAGGAUCUUCCUUGAAUACAGCGUGGCCCAAGUCUCCCGUUUGUUUUGCGAAUAAAUUAUGUUUACUUAUAAA